AUGGAUUCAAAAGAUUCAGAUGAGCUGUUAGGAGCAAGAGCUGAGCCGGCUACGAUGCCGCUUCCCAGUACUGUAUUUCGUAAUCGAUUUACAUACGGCCUCAGCGAGAUGUUCAAAACGAAACGUUGCCAAAUAUCUUACACUCUACUGCUGGCUUCAAUCACUGCUGCUAUAACGUUUGCAAAUGUCCCGGGAAAGAGUGAUACUUCUGCACUGCUCUUUGCUCUUUCCUUUUUUAUAUUAGUAGCAACAGCAUUUGUGACAGCAACAGUCUUCAUUAAAGAAUUUAAUACAUUUGCAAAAGUAAAAUUCUUUUUAUACGUCGUUGAAUAUAAGCCUAACAUUGAUCCACACAGCUGGGACAUCAUUGCCUCGCAUAUGAAUGUGUAUCUAUAUAACGAAGGAUAUUGGUUUAGCCCCAGGUGCUUCUACGACGGACAAGCUGCAUAUCACUACUUUAAGAGUUUGAUAGUGAAAUCUCCACUUGCCAAGGAUGUACAUUCAAACGUCAAUGGCAAUCAAAAUGCCAUUCCUUUGGCCUCGAUGAAUGAAGCUGGUGUGGAAGCUGGUAAUACUAAUAAUACGGAGUCUGAAAAUGGUUUACAGGAUGCUGAUUUUGAAUUGAAGGGAUUUAGAGAGAAAGCUAUAAAAGUUUAUCGUAAGUCGCUUGACGAAUAUUGGCAAGCACAUUUUGUAGGAGCCAGCGAGCAACUACCAUAG